AUGCACGCGUGUGAACGAUGCUACUCGCGCAAGACCAGAUGCGACCGACGCGUUCCCCAGUGCAGCUCGUGCCUAAAGAGUCGAUCAACAUGUCAAUAUUCGAAUAAACGGCGUAUUAGACAGCUUCCACAGGAAUAUUUGGAAUCCUUAGAGGCGCGCCUGGAUGAGCUGGAGCAGGAUAAUAAGCGGCUUCGAGAGCAACGGAGUAUUACAUCGCCAUCUCCCUCCGCCAUAGAUUGCAGGGAGUUAGAAAUACCAGAUUCUUCUCUCCAGUCAAAUCUAUCGAACACUCAGUUAAAUGCGACCGACACGAAUGACGCGCUCCAAAAUACUUCCCCGACUCGGUCAUCUGGCUCUCUACAUCGAACGCCGUGUGAAGAAUCGCGGUAUUUGGGCUCAAGCAAUGGUGUUGAGUUUAUCGAUGUCGUUGAGCGAGCUGUAGAUUUUCCUAACGCUGGUGGUCUAUUUGGUCGAGUGACGGCUUAUCGCACCAAUCCAACUCGAAUAGCUGUACCGUCUUCACUCCAAUCUGUCACCCUUGUGGAUGAAUCUGUCGCAAUGCCUUUAAUCAAAUCCUACUUCGAACACUGGCAUUUGACAUUCCCGCUAUUGCAUCGGCCUUCAUUCAUGCAGAUGGUCGAGCAAAUAUACAACGAUACAACACUUUAUCGGCGCGAUGCUGCCUGUGCAUUUGCCUUCGACAUUGUGCUCGCGCUUGGAUCAAUCCCAUCAAAGAGAACGGCACAAUACGUCAGCGACGCAGAGUCACAUUUUGUUCGUGCAUUAGCUCGGCUGGAUGGACUGUCCGGAUUCCGGGACAUCAGGUUGUUGCAGGCAUUUCUACUCUAUUGUAAAUAUGGCAUUCAUGCCAGUCUCCGUGAUACUUCUAGUGAGAUGUGGGAGCUUCUUGGUAAGGCUACACAGCUCUGUGUUGAGCUGGGCCUACAUAACAGUCCCUCUGUCUUUUCUCCAAAAUGCGAUAUGCAUAUCACUGGGCCUUUACCGUCGUCUAUACAAGUGGAGAUGCUGAGACGGUGCUUCUGGUGCUAUUACAAUUUGGAAAGGUACGAUCACCCCAACCGUCCUAGGAAGCAUAUGGAUAUUAAUAUUCAGGGCAGAAUUGUGAACAUCUCUCUCGGGAGACCCUUCACCCUACAUGAUGAUGAUAUUCAUGUACCCUUACCUUCGACUCUAGAUGACGAUGACCUUGAGAGGUCCCAAAAUGCUACAGAUCAGAGUUCCUCUAUCAUCACACCUUUUCUCCAUCAUAUAAAGCUGCGUCGCAUACAGUCAAAGAUCCAUCGUUCGAUGUACACCAGUCGUGCAGUUCAAGAUCUACCUUUACACGAACGACAGGCAAUUCGAGGAGAUAUAUUCCAUGAACUACAGGUCUGGCGCAGCGAUAUUCUACGUCUCCAACUUCCAGGCAAUUCCAAGACCCCAUCUGUAGUUGUUUCCUCCAACUUCCUUCAUUCAAGUUGGUAUCAGGCUCUAUACAAUAGUGCAUGUCUAAUGCUGUUUCGACCCUCGACCACAUUUCCAGCUAUGGAAGGUCAUGAAUCCGACGAGGAAGCAGACGAUGUUCUCCGAUUAAUUUGGGAAUCAUCUCGUCAAGUGCUAGCUAAAUAUUUUGAUCUUCUUCGGUCCCGUCAUUUGAAUUACUCAUGGGUUUGUCUGUACACAAUCUUCAUGGCGGGUUUAGCCAAUGUGUAUAGCAUAGGAUGCUGUGCCCAGCGAUGGAAGCGUGGUAUUCUGGCAUUUCUUCCAUCGUAUCUAGAUGUUGUCUCCGAUGUUCGAGACUGUUCAAACAUUCUUACCGCUAUCUGCGAAAAGUGGGAUGAUGCGCGAGGCUCAUGCGAUAUUUUUAAUCAACUAAGCAUGAGCGCCUUAAAGGAACUGGCCACGGCAAGCUUGCAGCCCAUUACAGCGGGUGUACAAGAUAUCCAAUCCGACAAUGGCGCGUGUCGGCGAUUUUCUGAAUCUAUGCCAGUAACCAAACGACCUCAAGCGGAAGGGACAACAUCAAGAAUGGAGACGAGGUCAACUCAGGUACAGCAUUCCGGACCCCCACUACAUGAGCCAAUCGCCCUUCCCAACAUAGGACAGCAUACCAGCAAUAUUUACUCUGAGUUCGACCCGAUAAUUGAUUUCCAGCAGCUAUUUCAAGGUCUUCAGGAUUCUGUUCACGCAAACGAUGUCAUGGAUUCCAACGAAGUAAUGCAAGGGUUUUCUCAGGAGUGGUUCGGGAGGUGA